UGGACGAACUAGACAAUGCACUCUUUGAAAUGAAUGUGGAAGCUAAAGGGUGGAUCACGUCACACAAUUUUACUCGAAAUUUAAAUCAAGGAUUGAACAAGUCCUUCAUAACCUUAGAUAUCUUCAAAGAAAACUCCGUAAGAUUGGGUUGAACGAGGCUGGUGGCACUGAGAUUAGUUCAAAAUCGGAGAGUAAAGAAUAUCAGCCUAUGCCUUCAACCAUAACCAUCGAAUCAGCACUUUCAUAUAACCCCUUAAUGGGACCACGACCACCUGUUAUGGGGGCCUUUAGUGCAGCUUAUACUGGGGAAAUGGCUCUCCAAAAGUUACCACCUUACAAUUUGGAAGUGACUGAUCGUGUUUUGGGGAGAGAAAAGGAAAAGGGUCAAAUUGUGGACUUUUUACAAGACUUGACUCAUAACAAAAACACAAUCAUGUCUAUACUUGGCCUAGUGGGUCCAGGUGGGAUUGGAAAGACAACACUUGCUCGUGUGGUGUAUGAGGAUGACAGAGUGAGGAAAUCGUUUCAACUCACACUUUGGGUAACAUUUCCUAGUUACGAACUUGAAGCUGAAACUUUAGCAAAGAUCAUACUUAUUAGGCUCAAAGUUAGUUUUAACCAAGAUGACGCGUUGAUAGACCGCUGACUCUCUUGAGAAAGAAUUUGAGUGGAAAGAAAUUGCUUUUUGUGUUGGAUGGAUGUUGGUCCGUUCUUCGGUGGGAGGAAGUUCGAACUUGUUUUAAGUCUGCUGCAAGAGGGAGUGCCAUCAUCCUAACCACAAGGACAACCAAGGCUGCAUUACAAAUGACUGUGGAUCAUAUUCUGCAUCUAAGUUUCUUGUCCGAUGAGCAUUGUUGGUCCUUGUUUUCUGAUCAUUGUUUUGGAAACAAGAGUAGUUGUAAUCCUCAGCUGGGAGUUCUGGGAAGAAGGAUCUUGAGCAAAUGUGGGGGUGUGCCUUUGGCUGCUAAAAUGCUUGGGGGUCUCUUGCAUAAGAAAGACGACAAGGAUUGGAUGGAGAUAUUGAAUAGCCCACAAUGGGAACAAACUAACAUUAAUUUUGCCACACCAUUUGUAAGAUUAUGCUAUCUUUCUCUACCUAUACAAUUGAAAAGAUGCAUAACCUACCUUGGUAUGUUUCAUAAAGGUUAUCAAUUUCAGAAGAGACAGGUAGUUCUCUUAUGGAUAGGAAAGGCUUUAAUUCAGCGGGAGAAAAAUGAAAGCAUGGAAAAUCUAGGUAACAAGUAUUUCGAUUUUCUUGUAGCACGUUCAUUUCUCAUAAGAUCAAACAGUGGUGAUGAGGCAGAUUUUACCAUGCACGACACCGUUCGGGAUUUAGCCUUGGCUGUAUCCAGAAAAUCUCAUUAUCUAUCAUAUCAGUCUCUAUUCGGAUCAGAUUAUGAGAGCAUUGAUACUUCUUUCUUGAUCUCAAAUAUACAAAAUACUGAAGAAAGUUCAUCCGAGCUCUAUGAACCUCAAACAGAAGAAUAUGCCCCCUCGAAGGAUAAUGUUGGCACUGCCAAUAUAACUCAUGGCCUUGACCAACAAUCUCCAGAAAUUGAUGCCAAUUUACCUACUAUUACAAAUGAUGUUGUGCAACCUUCUUUUGAGUCCGGGACUCAAUUUGAUACAGUGUGAAUUUGGGAUUCAUCACAGCUGGCGGAAUUACCAGCAAAGCUGCACAGCCUCAGAAUAGAAAGGUGUUCCACUUUCAUGUCCCUGCAAGAUGUUUUGAAGGACAAAAGCACCAACCUCUUUGAAUUGUUUAUAAUUGAUUGUCCCUUUCUUGAGGACUUUACUGACGAACCAUGCCCCACUUCCUUAAAAACACUUUAUGUCCAUGAGUGCAGAAAAUUAGAACUCCUCCAGUCUCUCGAGAAAAUGCAAAAUUUUAAAUUCUUGGAAAAUUUGUUCAUUGGUAGUAGCUGUAAUACUCUAAAGUCUUUUCCAAUGAACCUUUUUCCAAAACUUAAAAUUCUUUGCAUAUGGGAUUGUCCUAAUUUAGAGUCCUUUUCUAUGGAGGAAGGUGAAUAUAAUGAUGGUCUAUCACUUGAGUCUUUGGAAAUUCGGGAUUGCUCCAAUCUAGUGUCCUUCCCAAAAAUGGGAUUGCGUUCUCCCAAUCUCAGAACACUUUCAGUCUCCAAUUGCAAAAAAAUUAGGUCACUUCCUGAUUGUAUGAUCGAUCUUACAUCUCUUCAAUCGGUAUUUGUAAUCAAAUGUCCAGAACUUGAGUCAUUACCAGAAAGGGGGCUACCUUCAUGUCUGAAGCUGCUGUCAAUUGCCUUCUGUGACAAACUUAUAGAUAAAAAUAACUGGAAUCUCAGGGGCUUGACCGUCUUCAACGUUUUGAGAUUGAAAGUGGAUGUAUGGGAUUGAAAUCAUUUCCACAGAAAUUCCUUUUGCCUGUAAACCUUAACUCUCUAUACAUCAGCAAACUCACAAGUUUAGAAGUCUUGGAUCACGAUGGCCUUCAGAAGCUAACAGCCCUUCAGUCAUUAGAGAUCAACUGUUGUAAGAAACUGCAAUCCUUUCCAGAAUUUCUGCCUUCUUCCUUGACUUCCCUAUGCAUAAAAGAAUCCCCAUUGUUGUCUCAGAAGCUCUUGGAUAAAUCCAGCUCACAUUGGCAUAAAAUAGCUCACAUUUCGAACAUUCAAAUUGACAACAAUGUCAUCUCAAAAGAUGAAUGGUACUUCGGUGGGACAAGAGCUUGAGGUCAUGGAACAAGAGCAAAUAGCAGAGUUUUCUUUGGUUGUUUAAAAUGGUAAAAACAAAAUAUUGCAUUCUGGUUACGGAUGAUUCAAGGCUUUGUCCAUGAAGCAGAAAAGCUUGAAAACUGAAGAAGAAGUUCUAUAUUUUUCAUUUACAAGGAGAUUUCUUGUUGCCAGCUCCAUCAGCAAACUUACUUAAUAUUGUUGUUGCAUCCUCUGUAGUAUGCUCAGAUAGAAAUGUAUUUGGAAAGCUCUUGUUUUCUACUGCCACGCUAUGCUCUUGUUUCAUAUGUAUUAUAAUACCACAGGGAACAAAUGCUGCGUACUCUUGUUAUUAUUUGUU